UCGCGAACUGCGGGGCGAUCCCUGAGUGCUCAGGUCAGGGGACUGGGGACUGGGGACUGGGCAAGAGCCGGCGGGGUGCGCUCGGCGAGGCGGGCCUGAGACCAAGCGCCCCGUGGGCCCGUCCCGCCAAGUCUCCCACCCCCACACCCCGCCAGCAGGAGCGCGCGCGCAGGCCCGGCAGGCCCGGGAGCGCGGCACGGGCGGGGCCCCCGUGCGCUCCCCGCGUCGGGGUGUGGUUCUUGGGGCCGGGCCGGGCGGGGCGUAGAUUUAAGGCUCUGGCCGGCCAGACCCGGUUCACUCGCGCUCCCGCCGCUGCCACCGCGCCCCGCCAUGGAGCGGCCGUCGCUGCACGCCCUGCUCCUAGGCUCCGCGGGGCUGCUGCUCCUGCUCCUGCCCCUCUCCUCUUCCUCCUCUUCUGACACCUGCGGCCCCUGCGAGCCGGCCGCCUGCCCGCCCCUGCCCCCGCUGGGCUGCCUGCUGGGCGAGACCCGCGACGCGUGCGGCUGCUGCCCGAUGUGCGCCCGCGGCGAGGGCGAGCCGUGCGGGGGCGGCGGCGCCGGCAGGGGGUACUGUGCUCCGGGCAUGGAGUGCGUGAAGAGCCGCAAGAGGCGGAAGGGUAAAGCCGGGGCAGCAGCCGGCGGCCCGGGCGUGAGCGGCGUGUGCGUGUGCAAGAGCCGCUACCCGGUGUGCGGCAGCGACGGCACCACCUACCCCAGCGGCUGCCAGCUGCGCGCCGCCAGCCAGAGGGCCGAGAGCCGCGGGGAGAAGGCCAUCACCCAGGUCAGCAAGGGCACCUGCGAGCAAGGUCCUUCCAUAGUGACACCCCCCAAGGACAUCUGGAAUGUCACUGGUGCCCAGGUAUACUUGAGCUGUGAGGUCAUCGGAAUCCCGACCCCUGUCCUUAUCUGGAACAAGGUAAAAAGGGGUCACUAUGGAGUUCAAAGGACAGAACUCCUGCCUGGUGACCGGGACAACCUGGCCAUUCAGACCCGGGGUGGCCCAGAAAAGCAUGAAGUAACUGGCUGGGUGCUGGUAUCUCCUCUAAGUAAGGAAGACGCUGGAGAAUAUGAGUGCCAUGCAUCCAAUUCCCAAGGACAGGCUUCAGCAUCAGCAAAAAUUACAGUAGUUGAUGCCUUACAUGAAAUACCAGUGAAAAAAGGUGAAGGUGCCGAGCCAUAAACCUCCAGAAUAUAUUAGUCUGCAUGGUUAAAAGUAGUCAUGGGUAAUUACAAUACCUGUUCUUGCCUAAUAAGUUUCUUUUACUCCAAUCCACUAACACUUUAGUUAUAUAUUCACUGGUUUUACAUAGAGAGAUACAAAAUAAAGAUCACACAUCAAGACUAUCUACAAAAAUUUAUUAUAUAUUUACAAAAGAAAAGCAUGCGUAUCAUUAAACAAAUAAAAUACUUUUUAUCACAA